UCGCUGGACGUCGCAGGGCUAGGAGGGACCAUCCAACCGGAACCGUUCUUGAUCACGAGCGCGCGCGCCCUCGCUUGCGUUCAGUCUCUCCUCGGCAUCGCCAUUACCCCUGCAGAGUGUGAUCGAGCUGCGUGUGCAUCAAAGUGUGAUCGCGCGGUGGUGGUGUUGACGGCGCUGACUACCAUUAAGACGCUUCGCCGAAUAGCUUCAACCACCAAACCAACAACCAGCAUAUGAUGGCAGCGACUACCACUACGGCGACGACGACGACGACGACGAUGGCGGCUCGUGUCGGCCAUUGUAGUAGAAGCCACCGAAGGCGGGGCAGCAGUGGCGCUGGCGGUGGUGUUAUGCUAAUCGCAUCAAUUUUGGUAUUAUCAGUCCAUUAUGGCCACGCACAGGAUUUUGGAUACGAUGGCGAUAAAGGACCCUCCCACUGGGGUGAACAGUACAAUUCCUGCACCGGCAAGCACCAGAGCCCUAUCAACAUCAACUCGCUCGACGUGAAGAAGGUCAAUCUGCCACCGCUAGUGUUUCAGGGCUUUGAUGUUUCACCCCGCGAAACGAACCUCACCAACAACGGUCAUACCGUGGUCGUCACGAUGGAGUCCGAGGUAACGCCGACCGUGUCUGGAGGGCCGCUUACGGGCGUUUACGAGUACUCGCAGCUUCACUUCCACUGGGGCGAUAACGAUACGUUCGGCAGCGAGGACAUGAUCGAUAACCAUCGCUUUCCCAUGGAGCUGCACGUGGUGUUCUUCAAGCAGGAGUACAAAAACGCACGCACCGCCCUGAACCAUCCCGAUGGGUUGACGGUGUUGGCGUUUUUCUUCGAGAUCGCGCCCGACGACAAUCCCAUGUAUCAGGAGUUUAUCGAGCUGCUCGGGAAUGUCACCGGUAGCCACCUUUCCGCCCGGUUCGAUACGCCGCCAUCGCUCAAGGACCUGAUUGCGGACGAUUUGCUGCAUUACUACACGUACGAUGGUUCGCUGACGACACCGCCCUGCAGCGAGGUGGUCACAUGGAUCGAUUUUAAGGAACCGAUCUUACUAUCGCACGCACAGGUACAAGCAUUCCGAGCGCUGGAAAAUGAGGAAGGACACCCACUGACACACAACUUCCGUCCGGUGCAACCGCUCGGCGAUCGGGUGGUGCUCUACAACACGGAUGAGAUUAUCAAGCAGGUCGAUCUGGAUGGUGAGCAGCCGGAGGAGCCGUCGGAAGCCGGCGUUGACACCAACCAGCUCGAUACGGGCCGGUCGGACGAAGCGCCAAAAGCACCCAGCGAUCCGAACGGCAGAAAGCAUCCGCGCAAUGCUGGCACACCAUCGAUCGCAACCCGGUGGUCGUCGGUGCUGGUUGUCGCGCUGCCGUUGCUAUGGACCGCUUUCCUUCGCUCGGAACGAUACUAAAGAACUAAAACCGAUCCUUUGCCGUUGUAAAUAUAGCGAAUAGAGUAGUAGGGAAGCACACGUUAGGGUUGUAAUAGAUAAUCCCGAGGGUGUUAGUUCCGACCGACACGCGUUACAUUGUUACCAGAGAGACAGAGAGAGCGAGAGAGAGAGAGCUACUAGUGAACCGUGAUACGAGCAGAUGCGAACAAGAGGAAGCGCUAAUUAAGCACAAUUUUAAUGCCACAAACAACACACAAACACAGAACAGAUACAGCUCGCAUGUAAGAUUUCUAGAAUAGAGCGCAUCGCUUAGGAAAAUUAUCAAAUAAACUAAUUAAAAAGUA